AUGGCCAAAAACCACCCUCUAAAUAAACAAGAAGAAGAAAACUUACUAGGGUUUAAGAGGUUUUUCAAAAGAGAAAAACGGCUAGGGUUUUUCUAUUUUGCAAUCUUUAAUGUUUAUUUGAAAAAACAUUACAGACAAAAUUCGCCAUUUUGGAGUCGACUUUACCCCCCAGCCGGACCUGACCAGCAGAACCGGCCAAGGAGCGAUACUGAAGAGCCAGCCGGACCUACCAGCCGGACCUGCCCAGUAGAACCGUCUGGAGGAGUUGCAUUUUUAGCUAUCAAGAUUUUGAUGCUAUUGAGACGAUCAAAAAGUCUUAAUAACGAAGAAAUACUUGAGCUGAAUACAGAGAUUGAACGAACGUGCCGUGCAAAUAGAGCGAGAAGAAGACAAGAAAGAGCUGAAAACAUGGACGAACUAGCUAAUCCCAAUCAAGCACAAAGGUUACGUGAUAUUCAAAGGCCCACGGUUACUGCUAACCCGUCAUGUAUCCGUUUGAGUGAAGCAGCAAGGAACUAUGAGCUCAAAACUUUCCAUCUCAAUAUGCUGCCUCAGUUUAAUGGAACGGCUACUGAAGACUCACUAGCCUUUAUCAGAGAUUUCUAUGGUAUUGUGCAGACUUUACCGCUGAACAAUCUCAAUGAGGAUGAGCUAAGGACGAGGUGUUUUCCUCAUUGUCUGAAAGGAGACGCGAGACAGUGGCUGUUGAACCAGCCAGAAGGUGUUUUUCUCACAUGGGAGGAUGUCUACAAUGAAUUCAUGCUGAGGUUCUACUCACCACAAAAGACCAUGGAUCUCAGGGCAAAAAUUUGCAACUUUGUGCAACGAGAUCCAGAAUCUUUUCAUGAAGCAUGGGAAAGGUUUAAGCUGCUCUUAACUCAAUGCCCUCAUCACCAAGUGCCAGAGAAUUUGCUGACUCAGUUUUUCUAUGAUGGCCUGAACGUUAAUUGUCAAACGCUAGUUGACACAGCUUCUGGAGGUUACUAUGGAGAUACCACAGCUGCAGAACUCAUGAAAACCUAUGAGAAAUUGGCAAUGAAUUCAAGGCAGAAGGCAAUCAGAGGAAAAAGGGCAGGAAUAUAUGAAAUCAACUCUCAUUCUGAUCUCUCAGCACAAAUGGCUGAUUUAACCAAGCAAGUCAAGAUGCUUGUAGACAGAGAUACUUCCAAUCAAGAGUCAUGCGCCUUUUGUGGGAUGUUUGGACACAAUGCAAAUGUGUGCGCAAACAUUGGAUCGACACCACCAAACAGCGAGGAAGCAAAUUUCAUGGGAGCCUUCCAGGGUAGACAAGUCAAGAAUGAUCCUUUCUCAAACACUUAUAACCCUGGAUGGCACAACCACCCAAAUUCCUCAUGGAGGGAUCAAGGAGCGAAUAGGCAAGCACCACCUCCGGGAUUUCAGCAACAAAGACAAGUUCUCCCACCUCAACAACAGAAUAUUCCAGACAGGAAACUGUCGGUAGAAGAGAUGUUAUCUCAGUUCUUAGCGACUCAAGAUACCACUAUUAAGAAGAUGGAUGCGAAAAUUGACCAGUUGGCACAGUCAAGUCAAGCAUCAAUUCACAAAUUAGAGUUGCAGCUGGGCCAAUUGGCACGAACUGUUGCUGAACGUGAACAAGGAAAACUCCCUAGUAAUACUGAGAAUAAUCCAAGAGAGGUGGUUAUGUCCAUCAGUCUAAGAAGCGAAACUCGGGCAGGAGAUGAAAGCAAAGGCAGGAAAGUAAUUGAGAUUGUCGACGACAGAGACGACAAGGAAGAGAGUGAGCACGAUGCAAAGCAAGGGAAUGAUCUUGAUAAUGAAGUGGUGGCUGAUCCUUCAGUCAAACCUUAUGUUCCACCUAUUCCAUAUCCACAAAGGCUUAAGAAGAAAAAUACUAGCAAUAAUUUUCAGCACUUUCUUAAUGCCUUUAAAAAGAUUGAGCUUAAUAUUCCUAUUUUGCAGGCCCUUGCUAAGAUGCCUUCCUAUGCCAAGUUCUUAAAAGAACUAGUUUCCAACAAGAGCAAGCUAGAGGAGUACGCCACCGUAGCUUUAACUGAAGAAUGCAGUGCCAUACUUCAAAAGAAGCUACCACCUAAGCUUAAGGACCCAGGAAGUUUUUCUAUUCCUUGUGUUAUUGGUGAUACUACUAUCUCUAAAUGUUUGUGUGAUCUUGGUGCUAGUGUAAAUAUUAUGCCUGCAUCCCUUUAUAAGAAACUUGGCAUGAAAGAAAUGAAACCCACUACUGUGUCUCUACAAUUGGCUGAUCGAUCAAUUAAAUACCCUUUAGGCAUUGUAGAAGACUUAUUUGUGCGGGUGGGCAAGUUUUAUUUUCCUGCAGAUUUUCUUGUCUUAGAAACAGAGGAUGAAAAUGAUAUAUCUAUGAUUUUAGGUAGACCAUUUUUAGCUACAGGAGGUGUGUUGAUUGAUGUUGUUAAAGGUAAGCUUACCUUUAGGAUGGGGAGUGAAAAAGAAGAAUUUAAUAUUCUUAAAGCCAUGAAACACCCAUUACUUGAUGAUUCUUGUUUUAGUAUCGAUAUUAUUGACCAUGCUGUUUCACAUAUUGUUGAACAGGAAUCGUUCAAGGAGUCAUUAGAAGCGUGUCAAUGA